CAUUAAGCUUUGCCAAAACUUAAUUGCAAGUUAUUUUAUAAAGGUAACAUCCACAAUGUGUUUCUACUUUUAAGGUUGAACUGAAGGGGAGACUGUUUAAUGGCUACAACAGUACAAAAAAAAACCCUAGUAAUUUGUGCGUGUUUGUGUGUGUUCCACUAAACUCUAAGUAGGAUUUUAGAGUUCGUGGUUGUUUUCACGUUUAUUGCGAUGUUCUUAUUAGUCUCGAUGUUUGCAGUUUGUUGUUGCGCAACGCGAAGCUCGACGUCAUUCACAGCAAAUAUAUUAACCUGACAUUAACAAAAACACAGCAGGAUGGAUCAUCCGGGAAACGAUGGACAGGGAGAGUCUGACUAAAACUAAUUGGCGGUCAGACAAAUUCUGGGGUUUAUGUUUGCUUAUUUCCAAGCCCAAAAACCGCAACCAGCGACUCAUUACAUUUGCUAGCGACUUUAAAAAAAAACGAGCCCAAAGCCGUUUAUAAUAAUCGGACUUGGCGACCGAAACUCAAAAUAGUUACCGUUUUUCCAGCAACAAAAUGCCCAUCUCCCUCCAUUGUUUACAAUUCUGUCGCUGCUGAUACUGUCGCAUAGAAACGGCGAUCGCUCCCCAAGACGCACAAAGGAAAUAAAGUUAAAUUACAAAAGAAAAUAGUAACGCAAAGUGGUUUCGAUAAGUAACUGUAGUCUGACUACUGGAUUUGAAAUAGCAACGCGUUAGAUUACUCGUUACUGAAAAUAGUGGUCCGUUACUAAGUAACGUGUUACUGACAUCACUGGAUAUAACAUGCAGGAUGGGAGACUGAAUUAAUUACUGUUUGGUAAUCAAACAUUCAAGUGACGUUUGAUUGCUAUUGUCUGUUAAAACAUUUCUCCCUGUAGACAGAUAUUUCUUAAUAUAUCUGUGUAGGUGUUUAAUCUGUUUUUCUUUGUAGUAAAAGAAACUGUUACAAUGUGUUAUAUGAAUUGUAAAAAAAGAAGAAGUAUAGGUCUGUUGUGGGAAUUUAGUGAAAUCAUGAUUUAACAAUUUGGGGAGAGUAUAACUUCACAUAGGAUCAGGUUUGUUUUUUCCCCUUUAAUAGAUAAAAUAAUCUAAAGUAAACUGACUGCAGUGUUCACGAAUGUUUUCUCAGUCUUAUAUUUUUUUUAAUCUCAAUCAUGUAACAAAAAUGUUGAUAUGUAUUACAUUUAUAUGUAUUUAUACAUUCAUAUGUGUUUGUCCUAUGGCAAAUACUUGUGUCUGUGACUGUUCAAGACUGAUUCAACCACCAGAGGACUUCCCCAAUACAGUACAAAACUGGCUCAAAAAGAACCGUUCAGUUUAAAAGAUGAUUCUCAGCGUCAUCCCGUCUCUCUGAUGCCACCAUAGGUUGCAGCGGGGUAGUUGGUAUUGGAUCUCCGGAGCGGAUUCAUUAUACUGGCCCGUUCUCCCUCCAAUCCACGGCCUGCUCACCCAGACUGGCACACCCACCCAGCCGUCAGCGAGGGGAGAGUCAUGUGGGCCUUCCGGGCUUCCUGGUCCUCAGCUCCGCCUCGCGUUGGUUUGGCCGGACAGGGGGAAACACUUCACAGUUAAAGAACAAAAGCAGCAACGGACCGACCGAGGGGGAGGAACAAACGGCGACUCACAUUCAGCCUUUUAAUCUCCCGAGUUGGAUAUUUGUGUCCCUGACCGAGAAUUAACCAGCGAUUGAACUCCUACGGCUGGGGACAAACUUGGUUGCGUCGUAUCUUUGAAUCCUGACUGUAAUCCGUCGAGGUGCUUGGUAAAAAAUAAGACAAGGGUCAGCCAAAUAGAUGGACGGUAUUGUUUCCUCGCCUCGGUGCCUCCAACUUCGAUCAUAUAUACCCUAGUAGUGUGGAGUAGGCUCAGUUUUUCUGGUUUACGUGUCACCAGAACGGACCCUGGGGAUUAAGGGGUAUUUCGGCAAUUUCGGUUUCUGUUGCCAUAUCUUUUCCUGUGAAGAGGCCUCUCUCAUCUCUCAGGACUGAGAAACUUGGAAGUGAAAUAAAAGCCUGACCAGCUAGGAUGGCGGAACAUAUUUUGAUAGCCGACAUGGCGUCGUAUACCGAACGUAACGGCAGAGACAGACGACUUGUGGACCUAGAUGAGCCUUUUGAAGUGGAUAUGACGGAGCCAGAGCGUGAAGAAAAGGCAGAGACCAAACGCUCUUCCAAGAAAUUGCGGCACUCCCCCAGCUCAGCAGAAAGCAGUGCCAGUGGCGUGGCUAGUUUCACCACCAACCAUAACUCUGUAGUGUGCCUGCCUCUGGUCUCAGAGGGGCUCAAACUGGUAUGGACCCAGUCCGAUCAGACCCGAGAACUGGACUCAAUCCCAGAACUUGUCAAUGCCUUUAACUUGUUUCCAUACCCAUCGUCCAAAGAGGUUAGCACACUGGCUCGGGUCUGUGUGUUGCCACUGGACAAAGUUAAGGUGUGGUUCAUGGUGCAGAGGAUUAAAUAUGGCAUCAGCUGGUCUUCUGAAGAGAUAGAGGAGACAAGGAGGAAGUUGGCUGUGCCUGAGCUUUGUGAGGACUCCGCUGAAACAAACGGAGCCAAUUUAAAAACCAAGAGCAAAAACUUAGAUGAGGAAAAGGACAGCGAUGAGGAGGAGAGUGAUCUCAUUGGUUUUGUACCUGAAACAAAGUUGGCAAAGUGUGAGUCUCCAGAUUCACAUAAAUCUACUCCUCCAUGUUUUAGGUCCAGUCUCCCACCUCCUCAGGAUUCAUAUUUCUACCGCUCACCAGCAGACACUCCAGCGACCACAACAGCUGAUGCCUCCCCUGACCUCUCAGAGUCCUCUUCGCAACAGUACCGGCACGGGCGCUACAAAAAGUCAAAAGCUCAACUCGCUGCCCUGCGCAAAAGCUUCCUAAGAGAGAACUGGCCUGCAGAGCCUGAGCUCAAGCGUUUGCAGGAAGAAACGGGUCUGAGCCGCAAUGACAUUCGCAAAUGGUUCAGCGACAGUCGUUAUCAGCUAAGAGUGGGUCGUGGAAGCCUGGCAGCAGCCCAGACCUUUUCUCACCAGGCUUCUGUUGGGAGUAAACAUGAACCACAAUCUCAAACUCAGCCUCUUUCACUUACUAACCAAAAAUCUCGUCAAGUAAACGGGGUGAAAAGCCAUGAGGGAAGCCGGAAUAACGGGAUCAGAAAUUCACAUUUCUUUCAGACUUUUCUGUCAAACAGUCUAGAAGCAUUUGGGGAAAAGCUCCAAGAGCCACAAGCAAAUGACGUUAUAGAAGAACUUUCGGGAGAUACUUUCAAAGAGGAGCAAGAAACUGAAGAAGAGCCGCUACAGUUGACCAAGACCUGCAAGAUUGAGCCAGAAGUUGUAGAGUUAAAGUCUUCUCCUUGCUCUUCCCCCUCUCGCACUCCACCGCCUACCGCCUCCCCCACCAAAACAUAUUCACACAGAAUCCGUGCAUCAAAGAAGUCGGUGCAUUCAACUAAAGCCAGUCCUUCACAGACAACCACUUGCUUGUCAGGCGCCUCCACGUCCUCAUCCCCUGCACUCACUCCUGCAGGACGUCCUCGAAAGACCAAGGAGCAGUUGGAUGUGUUAAAGCAGCACUUUUUGAAGUGCCAGUGGCCCACAAGUGAGGAAUACACUGAACUCGUCAAACUCACAGGUUUACCCAGGGCGGAUGUUAUUCAGUGGUUUGGCGACACUCGCUACGCCGUCAAAAAUGGCCAGUUGCGCUGGGUGAAGGGCGUCCGCGAGCAGUUCUUGGCAGAACUUGCUGCCCAGCAAAGCGGCAGCGGCCUGUCGAACGGCACCGGAACGUCAACUCGUGGCGGGGGAGGGCGCAAACGAAAACUAAGCAGAGCAAGUACAGAUUCUCCCGAUAUCCAGCCACUGGUAUCUUAUUACCUUACGACAGGCACACUAAAUGAAAAAGACCUUGACCUACUAUGCAAGAAAUCAAGAAUGAGCUACCAGCAAGUGCGAGACUGGUUUGCGGCUCAAGAAGUUGGGGAAACUGAUGAAGAAAUUGUUGUGGCUUAGGACCUUUUUCUUAAAAAAAAAAAAAAAAAACUCAUCUGCCCACCCCCUCACACACACCCACACACCUUUAACACAACAGAUGUGAUUAUUGCUGUGGUUCAUGUUGCUUUAAUUAAGGCAGGUUUGUAAAAUCCAGUCUUCCCUAAACAAGCCCAAAGUGUGGUUUGUGUAUUUUUUUUAUAUAGAUAUGCUGCAUUUCCUGUUUAUUCUAAUAUAUUUAGAUCUGAAUUAUAUUUCUACUGGCUCAGUUGCUGUAAAUAGAACAGUAACCUCUACACUGGGUUGCUAUAUUUUUGACCUCCUUUUCGUUUAGAUAUCACUACAGUUGUUUUUUUUUCUAAUGUAUUCUAUUUGUAGCAGUAUAACAUAAUCAGGUAACUAGCUGUAGAGCCAGAAAAAAAACGGCUACACUGACAAACUAUUGACUGAUCAUUCCUUUCUAGCCAUUAUAUUGUAUUCAUGAAAAGCACACUGGACUUGCUCCUUAUAAUAUAACAUCUUGCACUUUGGUUUUCCAACCUGCUGCCCCGAUGCUAAUAAUAUACUAGUAUUUCACAAUCUAUACUCCUGAUUAGUGUCAUUAUUUUUACUCCUUGCUGUAGAACUUGUUUUAAAACAACAGCACGGUACAUCUCAUAUGUGUAAUGCAUUUCCGAAACAUUUCCUAAAUUGCUCCUCACUCUGUGGAGGUGUUUUACUUACCAUUUGAAUGCCUUGUCAUUUGCAUUCUGCAGCAUGUUUCGAACAGUAAAGGUUGAACCGGGUUGCAGGAAUUACAUCCGUUGCAUAGAUGGCAGACUUGCUACAUUACUAGACGAUGAGUUAGUUAGCAUUUCAUAGGCAUAGGGUGUAAUUUUAUAGUUUAAAAUGUGGGCAGAAGGUGGGUUUUGAAGUAGAAGCGAAAAUGAACCAAAAUCCAAAGACUGGUAACAUUUCACACAGAGUGACAGAACAAUAUAAUCGGGGUCAUACGUUCACAAUAUUUAAGUACUUCUUGUUGACUUUAGAAAUUGAUGUCGGCUUUAAAUGGAGUUCAGCUCUUUGCAAACUUCGUCCAAAGGUCAAACGGCCAGAAACUCGACAAAGUGGCGUGUAUGACUAAAGUUUUUCCUCCUGUUGCUCAUGAAAAGGUAACGCAACUGUCAUGCUGUUGAUGUAAAUCUGUACAUGUAAAGUCUUCAAGUUUAUUUUAUUGUAUUUUUUUUUUCCUGUUUUAAAAAGAGAAAAUCUCAUUUGCACAAUUGUGUCACUGGAAAAUAGCUAAGUGUUUUUGCCAUUAUAAUCAAGUGUACAAAGAUUUGUUUGUGUGUGUUAUGAAUACAGACACCUGUGACGACUUCUUGCUGUGUAAAUUUUGUUCUGAAAUUGUCCUAUAAAAACGACUUUUACUAAUAAUUAGUUACAACGUGCAUUUCAAGGAAAGUAGACUGUUAAAAAUCAAGCCAAAGUUUACAUAGAGGUUUUAAUCCAGGUGAACAAUACGGCAAGGUGUUUCAACAUUGGGGAAUACCCCUUCCUUUGCAAAGACUUAAGGUUGUAAAAUGCUAAUGUUGUUCAGGCUCACGUAAAUAAAUCAACUAGUGGGUGUCAUGCACAUCAAAGGCAUUCCCAGCAAGAGCGGUGAGUUAUUCACUGUCUGGGUGAGUGAAGUGAGAUUCCAUUCAUAAAUGGGAACUGGAAACCAGGAGUCUGGGUUCUGGGAAGGACACAAAUGAACUGACUCAUUUCUACGGCGGAGAAAUUCUUACCCAUCAUCACUUGUGACAUGAGGCUGCAAGGCCAAAAGAUCCCUGGAAGUCGUUACCUUGUAGGAGUGCCAAAAGAUGGUGACGUUCCUUAACGGGAAAAGAUGGACAAAUUGUAUAACUCCGUUUCAAAUCGACGUUUGUAUGAUCGACGUUGAAUUGAGUCGCCGACAAAUUAGAUUUUCAGUCACACUCACUGAAUUCGUGAAGAGAGCUGUGGCUGGAGAUGGAAGCAAUGGAUCCAGGAGUCUGAUUAAGAGGAAGUAGAAUCGAACCCUUUUUAUAUUUUAUGCAACAAAGAUGAAAAAUGUUCAAGUGUUUGUGAACUUGGGAAUAAAUCCACACUUACAGUGAGAGAAAUGCCUCUAUCCCUGGUCCACCUCUGAGACUCUCCGGAGCCGACAUGACUGAGGCAAGAUGCAUUUUAAAGUGUUUUACAACUGCAUGUCAGGAAAUCCGAACAUCAUUGAAAAGUUAUUUAAUUUCGUUGCAUUAAAUAAAAACAGGAAAAUCAUAACAUACGUGACACACAGUGACAAAUUCCAAUUGGGUUUUUUUUUGCAAAUGAUUACGACUUGCAGCUAAUGAAAACUCCAAAAAUCAAAUUUCCAGACAAUUUGAAUAUUGCGGAGGCUUGUAAAAAUAGAUUUCCUAAAAGAAAGUGGACAGACUGAUGAUUGCUAAACCACGUGAUGGUGAAGGCCACAACAUAAUAUCCCUAUGUAAAAUAGCCUCCAUUGGCCCUUUACAUAGUAUUGACUUUCAGCAAACUAUAAUCAUCAAAAUUAACUAGUAACUAUUGAAAUUAAAUUCAAAAAUACUUUAAUAACCCCAAAGGGAAUGGAUUGAAUUACUAAAAUAAAUGGCAGUCUAAUUUAUUGCGAAGAGUUUGUAUAAAACUGAGGGAAAAGGUACAUCUCAAAAUUUUUUUUAGUAAUAUGUAAAAUAGUUCAAUAAUUUUUUUGUCAUUUCAGAAAGUAAAACUGUUGUAUGUCUUUAUCACACAUAGAAUGAAAUAUUUCAAAUCGUCAUUUUCAUGCCUCUCUUACGUAUGACGAAAACUCAAAAAAUUCCGUUUCUUAGAAAAUUAUAUUACAUUGUGAAAUGUCAGGCUUGUGAAAAGUAUGUUUGCAAUUAAUACUUAGUUGGGUCUCCUUUUCAAUUAAAACUUUCUGCUGUCUUUC